AUGCGUUUAUUGCUUUUUCUUUUCGUUGCUUGCACAGGCCUGGCCAAUGCUUUGAGACUUGGCACUGGUAUCGCGGAUAUCACUGGCCCUAUAGUAGACAUCAUGCUGAUGGGGUAUGCAAAAUCGGGGCAAACAGGCGUUGGAAUACUGCAGCGGCUUUGGGCCCGUGCUUUUAUCAUCAUGGACGACAAUGAAAACAGAAUAGCGUUUGUCAAUAUCGAUACACAAUCGGUCAGCGACAUAGUAAAGCAACGGGUUGUUCAAGGCUUACUGUUACAGUUAGGCGACAAUAUCUACAACGAAAAAAACCUCAUGAUCAGCAGUACGCAUUCACACAGCGGUAUGGGCGGUUAUCUUCAGUACACGUUGUACGAGCUAUCUGUUUUUGGAUGGAUCGAAGAAACAGUUCAGCCGAUGGUGCAAGGCAUCGUCAACGCAAUACUACGAGCCCAUCAUAACUUGGAAGAGGGAAUACUUUCAUUAUCAGUUGGGGAACUGCUGGACACCAAUAUCAAUCGAUCACCCAGUGCAUAUCUUCUCAAUCCAGCCGAGGAGCGUGCCCAGUAUUCAUAUGAUGUGGACAAAGACAUGACGGUUAUGAAGUUUCGAAAUGCACAAAAUGAAAACCUCGGGUUAAUCAGCUGGUUCGCCGUACAUGGGGUCUCAAUAAACAAUACGAAUCGUUUGAUCAAUGGUGAUAAUAAAGGCUAUGCUGCCUACCUCGCGGAAAAGACCAUGAAUCCGGACAGUUUCUCAGGAAAAGGGCGUUUUGUAGCCGCCUUUGCCCAAAGUAAUGAAGGCGAUGUCAGUCCGAAUACGCUUGGUGCAUACUAUCAUGGCACUGAUAUACCAUGUGAUGGCUCAAGAGAUGGCUCAGACGUCAAAGGAAAACUUUGUUAUGGAAGGGGUCCUGGUUGGCUUAUCAGCGACUAUGAAUCGAACCGUAUCAUUGGACAGAAUCAAGCAUACAAAGCGUUAGAUCUCUUUGACGGCGUCGACGAUGCGAUUAUCAAUGGUCCAGUUGAUUUCCGACAAAAGUAUUGGGAUAUUACCCAAACGAAGCUGAAAGCUGGCCGCGUGUGCAAACCAGCUAUGGGAUAUGCAUUCGCUGCAGGAACAACAGAUGGUCCAGCUCUUCGCGGUUUCUAUCAGAAUACCACCCAAGGAACAGUAUUUUGGGAUCUAGUACGAAACGCGCUUUACAAACCGAGCGAACAGCAGGUUCUGUGCCAGCAGCCGAAACCCAUUUUAUUGGAUACAGGGGAGAUUCCGUAUCCCUACGAGUGGCAACCUCGAGUGCUUGAUGUGCAGUUGUUCCGUAUUGGCAAGCUGUUUAUUAUCGCUACACCCUCCGAGUUAACGACGAUGAGUGGCCGUCGUUUGCGCAAAUCAGUAAAAGACGCCAUCAUUGAGUACGGCCUCGGUGGAGAAGAUACAAUCGUGAUUUACUCGGGACCAGCUAACAGUUACGCUUCUUACUGCACCACCAAAGAAGAAUAUCAGAUGCAACGUUACGAGGGCGCUUCGACUCCUUACGGUCCUCAUACAUUGGAAGCAUACAUGGAAAUAUUCAAGGAACUAGUAUAUGAAAUGGCCACCAAUAGCAUUGUUGAUGACGCUGUCCGAUUACCGAAUUUUACCAACUAUGCCUUCAAUUUAAGCCCGAGACAUGGUGCCGACGUUAGCAAACCAUUCCAUCAAUUUGGUGAUGUCGUGCGCGACGUUGACCUUCUUUAUGACGCUUCCAUAAACCAAACCGUUUCUGCCGUAUUUGUUGCAGGCAAUCCGAGGAACGAUGCCAUGUUGGACAAGACCUUCUUGACAGUGGAGCGGAAAGACGAAAACGAUAACUGGAUUGUUAUCCGAACAGAUGAUGAUUAUGACACAAGAUUUCUUUGGCGCUAUACGUAUAAACUGAUCCGUCAGUCCGAAGCUACUAUUGAAUGGGAUAUCGGCAACCAUAUUCCAUCAGGAACUUACAGAUUAGGCUACUUUGGACAUCAUAUGGCACCUUUCACAAAGUGA